AUGACAGCAGGUUUAGCUGUCCUCGUUGCUGUGAGUGUAUUACUAUUUGUAGGCGCGAUUGUCAUGCUACUAUUCUUCUGUCGCCGUAUACAAGUCCAACGUGAACGUGAGUCACUUGUGUUUAUUCAGGAACCAGCUGACGUUUAUCGUGAGGAACUGAAUGAUAGUUUUAUGGAACAAGCAUUAUGGCGUUGUGGUGUGUGUAAAUUCCUUAAUCAUCCAGAAAGAAAAUUGUGUGAUUUAUGUCAGACUCUAAAAGGUGCAGAACGAGAUGUAGCAGGCAAUCGCAAACACUCUCGACGUAAUAGUUUCUCACAACUUUCAAAUAGUAGUAGUUUUAGCUCGAAUUCAACACAAAGAAUGGGAAGAAUUGGUGAAACCGAAGCUUUUUCAUCGGUACAUGCUCAUGAUGCAAUUGGUGGGUCCUUUGGUCGACCAAGCUUUGAAUAUUCAAACAAAAAGAAAGGGAUGAAAAGUAAAAUGAGUAAAUUACAAUUAGCUGCUAGUCGACGACAACAAUGGAAGAGAAUGCCAACGACCGAUGGAUUACAUCGAUGGGUUCGACAACAAUCUACGAGGAGACGCUCAAGAGCUCAACGAGAGUCAAUGGAAAGUGAUCCGGGAGGACGCAUGUCGUUGAAUCGAUACUUGGAUGCGACGGAUCGAGACAGCAAUUUGUCCGUUGGAUACAUUCGCGUGAGAGAUUCUGUGGGUAAAUUAGUACUGAAUGAGAGCGAUGCGGUUGCCACGGAUUUUCAUUACCGAAUAAAUAUUUUAGACGGCACAGGAAGCUCCGAACUUAUUAUGAACCUUGAGCGAGUUCACAAUUUGCCAUUCCCUGAUAAGAUCCGCUGGUUUUCGACGGAAAUUCAUCGACUGUGGCUACCUUGGGAAUCAGGACAUGCCGAGCUCGUGGUACGACGGGAUCAUUUAUUGCAGGACUCAUUUGAACGUGUAGCAGCUAUGAAGCCGUAUCAGUUAAGGCAGAGAUGGCGUGUGGUUUUUGACGGCGAACCAGCGUUGGACGCAGGUGGCGUUAUGCGCGAAUGGUUCACGCUAUUGUUUGCUGAGCUGUUUGACCCGACCUUUGGACUUUUUGUGAGCACGGUGGGAGACGAAAGAAGUUAUUGGAUUAACGCAAGUUCCGACAUGCUUAUUGGUGAGGAUGACCAUUUGGCUUACUUUGAGUUUGCAGGACGGCUCGUGGGCAAGGCAAUUUUGGAAGAGCAUUUGGUCCCAGUGCAUCUUGCGCUGCCAUUCCUCAAGCACAUUCUGGGCGUUCCGAUUUCAUUCUCUGAUUUGCAAUUCCUUGAUGACGAGAUUUACAAUAGCGCCUUGAUGAUAAAAAAGAUCGACGACAUUGAGCCACUCUGUUUAGACUUUACAGCCACUCGCGUUGUGGAUGGCAAAGUGGACGUCGUUGAGCUUGUUGAGGAUGGUGCCAAUAUCGACGUAACACGAGAGAACCGCUCUCGUUAUUUGGACGCACUUUUCAAAUACCAUGUGCUAGGAAGUGUCAGCGGUCAGCUGCUGUCGUUCCUUACGGCGCUUUAUGACGUGGUGCCUGAAGGUCUACUGAAGCUGUUUGAUUACCAAGAGCUGGAAUUAUUGAUGUGUGGAGUGCCGUCUGUCGAUGUGGAGGAUUGGAAGAAACACACUGACUUUAAGUUCUUUACGCACAACUUUCCCACGGAACUUGAGCUCAAUAACAUUGAGUGGUUUUGGGAAGUAGUCGAGGAAAUGAAGAACGAGGACCGCGUUCGUUUGCUUCAGUUCGCGACAGGCACUAGUCGUGUCCCGGCGCAGGGUUUUAAAGGAUUGAUCAGCAGUGAUGGUCGUGUGCGACGUUUCAACGUUGCCUUUGCCGGCACGAACCAGUCGUUCCUGUUUCCGAAGGCACACACGUGCUUUAACCGUCUAGAUUUGCCGACAUACAACUCGAAAGAAGUGCUGGCGGAGUACGUUAAUCUAAUCGUGCAGAUGGACAUCACUGGUUUUACCAUCGAGUAG